AUGGUCAACUUCUCAGAAUACGAAUUGCCUUGCAAAGUUAGAGCAGUGUAUUCUUGGGGUGGCGAACAAGACGAUGAUCUUGGGUUCAUCGAAGGAGAUAUCAUCGAAGUCGAUAGCUUUGGCGAUGGUAAUUGGUGGCAUGGUAAACUGAAAAGAAACAAAAUGACUGGUAACUUCCCGCUGAAUUUUGUCAAGAUCAUCGAUGAUCCCAAUGGCUCUAAAGCUGAUCUUUCUAUGAAGGCUAAUAAUAAUAAUAAUAAUAAUAAUAAUAUUAAUAAUACCAGCACCACCCCCACCACCAUCAUGAAACCUGUCGAAAGUCCUGGAAAUAACAAUAUUAACAAUGUGUCGAGAAAAAUGAAUGAUCUGCAUGCAAACAUCUCCACCAGUGUGGAUCAAGCAACAGCAGACACCAGCUUUAGAUCUACGAUGCUCCCCCAUCACUCGAUAUCGGUUCAUUCAUUCAAAGACCCCGACACCACCUUCGGUAAUCAUACCAUGAUGGAUCAAUCAAUGAAUAACCAAUCGUUCAACCAAUCAUUGUCGUUGUCCCCAGAAGAUAUCGAAAACCAAAUCCAACAACUUAGACAACUUCAACAGCUACAACAAUUGCAAACGGAAAUCCAAAAGAAAUCACAGCUUCAAAAUGACAUGAUGCAACGCAAAUCACAAAUCGCUCAUUCAUUGUCAACCCCUCAAAACUUGAACUUGUUAGUCAAUCAACUCAAUGAUUUCUACGCCAAUAAAUCCAAAGAGGCAUCGAUAUCCCAUGCCAAUCAUGCCGCUAGUCUUGUCAGUAAUUCCAAAGCUAAUUACCUUCCUCAUAGUCAAAGUGCCAUGAAUAUUGGUAGCUUAACUGCCGGUAAUAAUAAUAAUAAUAACUACAAUAAAAUUAAACCAGGAAUUCCUCACUCAAUGUCCAUGCCAUUCUCUCGUUUCAACCUCGAAUCAAAUAGAGAAUUCUCCAAUACUUCUACUUUGAAACCUCCUUCGGUGGUUCCUGAUAUGUUGAAUAUCGAUAAUGAUCUUCAAAUUGAAGCUUCUUCAGGAGAACACGAAGAAGAUGAAGAAGAAGAAGAAGAAGAAGAUCUACUACUACCACCUCCUCCACUUCCCCCUGCCCAUAGAGUCCCGAUCAAAUCGUAUAAUGAGCAUUCUGAACCAAACCCUGAACUUUUGCAUUACUUUAAUACCAGCUUGAAUUUCCUUGGUGAUGACGUACCUCAAACCAGUACCCCAGAUAAUAGCUACUUACACCCGGAUGCGGUAUCUAAACACGAUAAUAGAUUUUAUCAGAAUUUCCAGAACUCCAAUAACACCAGUUUUGUGAUUCCAUACGAUCCAGAUACUUUGAAUCAAUCGAAAUCCACCGUCAGCGAUUAUCAUAAUAAUAACCCUCAUCCUCAUCAUUAUAACAACAACACUUCACAACAACAACAACACCCAAACAUUGAUGAUAAUUCCAGCAUUAGUGGGGGUACUGGAACCCAUUUCAAUUCAAAUGAAAGUGUUUCAAGCUCGGUGUCAACGGCAAUCACCGAUUUCAGCGCCACCAGUGCCGGUAGUUACUAUCGUCACAAAAAUGUUAGAGGAGGAAAUAACAAUUUACCACCCCUUCCAUCUGAACUUUCCCAAUCAAAACAACAACAACACAAGCAACCCCAGCCAGCAGAACAUGAUAAUGAGUUAAGUCAAAGUUUCAUGAAGAGCAAGUACUUGCGCCGGGUGUCUGCCGAUGAUCAUUUCGACCUUCAAAACUCAAAGGGCGACGUCUCGAUCUUGAAUGAUGCCCCACCCGACCCUCAAGAAAUCAUCGCCGCGAUUAGUUCUGUCAAUGAUUUGCACGCCCAUGCCCAUAAUCCAUUGGACGUGAUUUUCGUUGAGGAUAAAAAAAAUAAGAAAUCGAAUUUUUUGAAAAAAUGGUUUUUAAAAGAUCAAGACCUUGGGAAAAUCAACCCGUUGAAUUCCGCCACCGGAUUGAUCGUCCCUAAUAAACCCUCGUCGGUCGCCAAUAUCUUGAACGAUAACCAUUUGCCCCAAACUUUGAAGAAUCAGAAUUUCGCCGAUUUGAGUAUCGGGAAUGCCGAUACCGAAGCCUCGUGGAUUGAAAACAAGGUUGAUUUGAAUCGUGCCACCAGUAUUUCUGCCAAAGAUUAUAAAGUGCGUCAAAAGCGGGCGCUUCAGCAUGAAAAGUACUUGAUUCUUGAGCCUCAAAGAUUGCUCACCGAGGCCAAUAGUAACGAAGUGGUGCCGAUUUCCAAGUAUGGUCCUCCACCACCACCACCACCGCCUGCCGGUAAUUCCCAUCGGUCGUUGAAUUUCGACGGUGAUUUCAAAAAUGUCGACGAGUUCAUCCGGAAUUUAAGGCAUUUGCCGUACAUUUCCCCGAAAACUUUUAUUUCCAAUGAAGUGGCGAUUAAGUAUUCCAGUGAACUUGAUAGAGUUCGCGCGUGUUACGUGUUCUGUACCGAGAAAAUCCAUUUGAUCGAGCUGAAUGAAGUCAUUGACGUUCGCAACUCGCCAGCCAAAUACAUCAACACCAUUUUCCAACAGAAAACCGCCACGGUGUAUCAAUUGGCCUGGUUGAUGAAAGUGUUCCUUGAUGAAUUACAAAUUCCAAACGAAUUGAUAAUCGGGUACUUCAAAAGACCCCACGAGGAAAACCUUAGUUUGACCACCAAUCAUGUGUGGAACAGUGUGUUGAUUGAUAAUGAAUGGCGAUUCUUGGAUUGUGCCCUCGGUAACGUUCAUUCAUUUUAUAAUUCGAUUUUGAAGAACAAUAUCAAUACCACCACCGACCACCCGGAAUCCCACAAAUCGUCGAGCUCGUCGACAUUUUCCGGUCAAUCGUUCGCCCAAACCUCGGCAUCAUCGAUUACCCCGUAUACCGCGGGGAUCUCCAAGAAGAAUAAUUGUGGUAAUAAUCUUGAUAAGUCGAUUUAUUUCUUGACCAAACCGCUUGAACUUAUCCAUACCCAUAUCCCGACAUUGAUUGAACAACAACAUGUUUCCCCACCGUUGGAUUCGAUGAUCGCCUUGUCAUUACCAUCUUGUUAUCCCCAAUUCUUCAAGACCGACCUCAAAAUCAAAAAGUUCAACAAUGCAUUGACCCGUCUCCAAGACCUUGAAGUGUUUGAAAUUGUUUUGGAAGUUCCUAAAAAUGUUGAGGUAUUCUGUUCGGUAAAACCAAUUGAUUCCAACCCUUCAGAGGUGGUGGUCACCAAGAAAAAAGGCGGGGCCAAUAACAACAACAAUAAUAAUAAUAAUAAUAAUAAUGCUGCCUCAAAAGAGGUUGGCAAUUAUCGUCAUUUAUGUGUGUCACAGAUCUUUUGGAAGAACAACGUUCGCUAUUGUCGUAUCAAGGCACUUCUCCCGGAAAAUUGCUCGAAAGGGUUCGUUGAGAUUUAUAGUGGGGCUAAAGGGCUUCAGAAAUCCCUUGCCAACGUCCAUCCAUUAUCAUUGACGAUUCCAUUGUAUCAUGUCCUUACUGGCGAUUUCCGUCAACCGGGACCACCGUCAUCAUCAUCACCAAAUGCCCUUAUGGCGAAUUCUUUGGAGAACAACAACAACAAGAAAAUAGUGUAUCGUGAACUUCAAUUUGUCACCCGUUACCCAACGAUCCAUUGUCAAAAACACGAUCUUUACGUGAAAGACCCGCAAAUCAAGAACUUGAACCCUGAUUUCUCGUACAUUUUCAAGAUCUUGCAACAUCCUAGUGCCGGGCUCACCAACGGGUCAGGGUUUCUUAAGACGAAGUUGGCGUUACAAAGCCCAACGGGGAGAAUCAUCAAGCUUAAAAAGAAAGAAGUGGCCAAUGAAGCACCAGGAGGAUCGGCCCAUGGAGCCUGGGAGGCGGCAGUGAAUUGUGAUGAAGUUGGGGUUUGGAAAGGGUUGGUGGUUACUGAUGGAGGGGUUGCAUGGUGUGUUUUUGCCGAGUGGGUUUGUCGAUAA